CAGCGAGGAGGACGAACAGGCAGAGCAGCAGACAGAUAUGAAGAAGAACAUGUGUGGAAAUGAUAUUUGAAGGAAACUUGGACAUUAGGAGGAACAAUAUGAUGGAUUUUUGACUCAAGCAACAGGACAGAAUCAUUUCGUCUUGUUUUUAAGAGAUGGCGACUUUUGGGCAAAUCAUCUUCUACAGCAUGGUGGUCAUCAUCAUCUUCCUCACAGCCACCAUCGUCCUCAUCUUGGCUCUGGCCUUCACAGCAAGUAACCAAGGGUCUACGGUGAUGAGCAGCAAAACGAAGCCGGUCGUUAACCUCGGCGAGGACGAACUCCUCAGCUGCUAUCUCCACGUGGAAACCUUUGAGGACAAAUUCAGAGACAUGUCGGUGACCUGGGAGAAGGCGGGCCUGACGGGGCUGGUCUACCUGUACGAGAACGCCGCUCCGGUCCUCCGGGAUCAGGCCUCGCAGUUCAGAGGCAGGACUCAGCUGUUCCCCGAAGAUGUGACCAAAGGUAACGGAUCUCUGCUGCUGAGGAGCGUGAGGAGGAGCGACGAAGGGACUUACACCUGCAGCAUCAGGUCUGCAGAAGGCAACGGGCGGGUCAGCAUUCACCUGAGAACAGCAGCUUUUUCAGUCCCCAAGUUCAGCUUCUCUAACGACACUCUGGUUGCCAAGGCGAGCCGCUGGUUCCCCAAACCGAGCGUCACCUGGUUGAACCAGUCUGGAAGCAUCUUAAACGGGACGACGACUUACACAGAAAGCAACGCGGGACUGUUCAGCCUGGUCAGCAGGCUGCAGGACGUUCACAUCCAGGACACCUACAGCUGCAGGAUCGAAAACCAGCUGGUGGUCGUUACUUCUGAGGAAACCAUAGACGGUAGUGGUGUUUCAGGGAAGACGUACAUCACCUUCAACGCUGCUUCAGCCCUGCUGGCAUCAGUUUACCUCAACGUUACAACCCUUAUCCUCUGUAUCUAUUAUAUGACCUGACGUACAUUAAAUAUGCUUCAAUAAUUCUGUUAUAUUAGAUUAUAAAUAUUAUAUUCCCUCAUAAAACUCCACCUGGUUGUGUACAGGUUGUGUUGGAUUCAGUGUUUACUUCCAGUGGGUGUUGUUGUGUAAUGUUUCACCACCAUGUUUCACAUCAUGAUGCUGCCACCACCAUGCUUCACACCAUGAUGCUGCCACCACCAUGCUUCACACCAUGAUGCUGCCACCACCAUGCUUCACACCAUGAUGCUGCCACCACCAUGCUUCACAUCAUGAUGCUGCCACCACCAUGCUUCACACCAUGAUGCUGCCAUCACCAUGUUUCACAUCAUGAUGCUGCCACCACCAUGCUUCACACCAUGAUGCUGCCACCACCAUGCUUCACACCAUGAUGCUGCCAUCACCAUGUUUCACAUCAUGAUGCUGCCACCACCAUGCUUCACACCAUGAUGCUGCCACCACCAUGCUUCACACCAUGAUGCUGCCAUCACCAUGUUUCACAUCAUGAUGCUGCCACCACCAUGCUUCACACCAUGAUGCUGCCACCACCAUGCUUCACACCAUGAUGCUGCCAUCACCAUGUUUCACAUCAUGAUGCUGCCACCACCAUGCUUCACACCAUGAUGCUGCCACCACCAUGCUUCACACCAUGAUGCUGCCAUCACCAUGUUUCACAUCAUGAUGCUGCCACCACCAUGCUUCACACCAUGAUGCUGCCACCACCAUGCUUCACACCAUGAUGCUGCCAUCACCAUGUUUCACAUCAUGAUGCUGCCACCACCAUGCUUCACACCAUGAUGCUGCCACCACCAUGCUUCACACCAUGAUGCUGCCAUCACCAUGUUUCACAUCAUGAUGCUGCCACCACCAUGCUUCACAUCAUGAUGCUGCCACCAUUGUGCUUCACACCAUGAUGCUGCCACCACCAUGCUUCACAUCAUGAUGCUGCCACCACCAUGCUUCACAUCAUGAUGCUGCCACCACCAUGCUUCACAUCAUGAUGCUGCCACCACCAUGCUUCACAUCAUGAUGCUGCCACCACCGUGCUUCACAUCAUGAUGCUGCCACCACUGUGCUUCACAUGGUGUGUUUGUGAUAAUGGGCAGUGUUUGGUGUUCACCAAACAUAACGUCUACUGCGAUGACACACAAAGCUCCGUUUUGGUUUCAUCAGAACAAAGAAUCUUCUAGUUGACUUCAGAGUCUCCACAUGACUUCUGGUGAAUCUAAUCUGGAUGUAAUCUGAGCUUUUAUCAACAGUGACUUCCUCUUUAUCACUCUCCCAUCAAGGUUUGACCAGUGAGGAACAGAUAUUGUAUGAACAGUCUCUCACACCUCAGUUACUGAAGCUUGCAACUCCUUCAGAGGAGUCAUAGAUGUCUCGCUUUUAUGUUUAUAAUUAAUGUGCAUUUAUUUGUAGAAAUCUGUUUCAGAAAGAGCAUUUAUUUUGGAAAUGCUUGUUUAUAAAAAGCCAAAUUAAAUUAACCAUUAUUAGAUCAUGAUGACAUUUCGCGCUCUGACACUGAGGUUCAAAUUUCAGCAUUUAGACAUUACAUUUUAUAUUAUUGUUUAUUACUGUCUGCCCGCAUAUUUCUGCAUGAAGACAUUGUUUUCAUAGACUUUCUAUAACUCCUUAAUUUCCUAAAUGCAGGAAGAAAUUGUUCUUUUUUCUGAAAUAAGUGGAUUUAUUGUUUGUGAUGUAAAUUGUGAUGGUGUAGCUUUAAAAUUAUGCAACCUGUUGAGACAAAUAAAAAGGAAAUUUAAAAAAUAGAUAAAUUUUUCCAUUUCCUUGCAACAUUUG